CCAGAGGAAAAGUCCACAGGAUUGGAGUAAAUGCUGUGUCCCCUUGUGAGAGCCUCAGAUACAGAGAGAACUGGAACUGGAAGUCAGACUAAGAUCUACAAGUGAAUCGUUUUGGGGCCCGCUUAUCUGUCAUCAUGAAAUUUGUGUGCCUGUUUGUGUUCUGCUUGCACGGGAUUUUUGCACAACAAUACGAGGUUGAACAUUACAAUCCAUCAGAUAUCCCAUUUUACUACGAAUAUGAUGGCGAAGAAGCCAUCGGGGGCCAAGUGCCAGGGAUUGAGACCUUCCCUGCCCUCCCACCAGAAAGCCCCCAUCUCCAGACCCUCCCGCAGCACGGACCAGAGCUGAAUCAAUAUGAAACCCUCCCACAGCAACAGCAACAAACUCAGCAAGAGGAAAUCCCGAUACCCAACCAAGAUCUAUAUCAGACGGAACCCACAGAACCGGGACCCCUGGAUUGUCGGGAAGAGCAGUAUCCCUGCACCCGAUUAUACUCCGUGCACAAACCCUGCAAGCAAUGCUUGAACGAGAUCUGUUUCUACAGUCUGCGGCGCAUGUAUGUAAUAAAUAAGGAAAUCUGUAUACGUACCGUGUGUGCACACGAAGAACUUCUGAGAGCUGAUCUGUGUCGGGAUAAGUUCUCUCGCUGCGGUGUCAUGGCGUCUAGUGGCAUGUGCAAUUCCAUGGGAUCUCAUUGCAGCAAGAGCUGCGGAGGCUGCUAGUGGGCGGUACUAUAGGCCUGGAGUACCCACCACACGAGGGAGCGGACAUCCCUCAUCCAGUGUGAUUUAUGGAGGUGCUAGCAUUAUUUUAGCCUUUAUGUUACUUAUUGUACUGUAUGUGCCCCCAGUUUGGGCACACGGGCAGAUUGCCCAGUUAUCUCCACUGUCUUUGCCAUAUGAUAGCCAGCCCUGUGUACUGCACUGCUCUGACAUCUUAACCUGCUUCUCCGCUGGGGACUGGCUUCCCCAGCAAUUAUCAGGGCUUUCGCAAACGAACCACGUCUCGACCACAGUAAAUAAGGGGUCAGGUUAGGACGUGCUGUAUAUAUGUCUAGGUACUAUGUGUGGUCCCUGCCACUUUACACCAAAUAACGCCUAGUCUGCUGCGAUACUGCCUGCCAUGUACUCAUGUUACCUCCCGUAUUGACCCUCUCCUCUCUGCGUUAUCUGAAAUAGUUACUUUCCAGUAGCUGCUGCAAUGUAUCUAUGGCUUUCAUGGGUUCUAUACUUUCUAUUUCCUGAUAACUGUUGCCAUUUUUUUUUUUUUAAACAGUUUGGAAUUAUUCACACUGUUGUGCAAAGUGUGAGGUGCUGCCCAUCAGAAUGUGUGAAUCGUGGUGCUCCCAAUCAAUGAAUCAAUCAUGGCCAGGAUCCCAAAGGAACCACCGUGGCUGGUUAUUGGUUUUACAGCGGAAACCUGUGAAUUCACACACUGCAGGGUAGCACUUUCAUGCACCUCUUAACACGAUGUCCCCGUAAAAAAAUCAAAAAAUGGCAAAGUUACAACUCUCUGUCACACCCUCUCUGCCCGCCCGCCCGCCUCUGAUCACUGACACUCACUCUAUAUAUAAAUAUUGUUCACUUUUUAAAGCUUUAAUCUCAAUCGUGCCCAGAGUCAAUAGGGAAUGUCGGUUUAAUUGAUUUCACUUUUUUUGUAAUUUGUUUUGUACAAACGUUUAAUAAAUUGCAGACUUUUACCUUG